AUGGCAGAGACUUUCUUGACCCCUGUUAUUGAAAAAUUACUUGAUCUACUAAUUACUCAACCAAUGAUUUUGUUGAAAGGAGUGCGCAAAGAAGUGAAGAGCUUAAAAGAUGAGCUGAAGAUCAUUCAGCCUUUCCUAAUUGAUGCAGAAAAGAAACUUUCCAAAGGAGAACUUGGCGAUGCUGCAAAAGAAUGGCUCAAACAGCUGAAGGAGGUGGCUGAACGCGUAGAAGAUGUUGUUGACGAGUACCUUUACCAUUUUGCCAAACAUGAUCAUCACUACAGUGACCGAGGUUUCCUCACUUCCAUCCGAAGAGCUGGUGGGUAUGUUAGAUCCCUCAAACUACGCCACGACUUAGCUUCUCAGAUCCAAGACAUUAACAAGUCUUUGCAAAAAGUCAAGGAGAGAGGUCAAAGUUAUGGUUUGAGGUCCUCCGAUGAAGGAUCAAGUAGUAGUAGGAGCAUAAAUACUAAUGCAUCUGUCAUUGACCCUCGAUUGGGUUCUCUGUUCGUUAACAAAAAUGAGCUUGUGGGAAUGGAUUCAAUCUCCACCGAACUUGUAAAGAGUUUGAUUGAUGGCCCGUCGACCCGUUCGGUGAUUUCACUUGUAGGAGAAGGUGGAAUUGGUAAGACUACUCUUGCUAGAAAUGUUUACAAUGCUGAGUACGUGAGACAACACUUUGAAUGCUUUGCUUGGAUAACCGUGUCUCAAUCGUACGACUUGGAGAAGGUCCUAUACACCAUGAAAAAUCAGAUAUGUCCAAUGAAAGAAGAGCAUAUAGGGAGUAUGGAAGGAGUAAUGGAUCUUUUGCGAAAACAUUUGCAAACAAUGAGGUAUGUGAUUGUUUUUGAUGAUGUAUGGGAUUCAGAGUUUUGGAGCUGUAUUAAACAUGCUCUACCUAGUUAUAACAAUAAGGGUGAUAGGGUCAUUAUAACAACUCGUAAUACUAGAAUUGCGAAUGAUGCUAAUGAUACUCCUUUUGAUCAAGUUCAAUUCCUCAAAACCUGGCCUCCUGAGUUGGCUUGGGAGUUAUUUUGUAGAAAAGCGUUCCGUUUUGAGUUUGAAGCAAGCUGUCCACAAGAGUUAGAGCAAUUGUCUCGUGAGAUUAUAAGCAAAUGCCAUGGUUUGCCACUUGUCAUUGCGGCUGUAGCAGGUUUAUUUUCCAAAAAGCAAAAGUCAAAAUUGGAAUGGGAAAGAGUGCUUGAUAAUCUCAAUUAUGAGUUCGAAAAAAAUCCCAAGCUUACAAAUGUGUCAAAGAUUCUAUCGUUUAGUUAUGAUGAUCUACCGUAUCACCUUAAAUCUUGUUUUUUAUACUUUGGUAUUUUUCCACAAGAUAGUAUUAUUUUCGAGAAUAAAUUAUAUAGGCUUUGGAUUGCUGAAGAUUUUAUUAAAUCAAGGAGAGACAAGACAGAAGAACAAGUUGCUGAAGAAUACUUAACUGAGCUAAUCCAUAGAAAUUUGGUUUCCUUUGUGGUUGAAAAUGGGAUUAAAAGGCGUUGUCGAGUUCACGAUUUGAUACAUGAUGUUAUCUUAACCAAAUACGAAGAGUUGUGUUUCUGCCAAAUAAUCAAUCAAAGCAAGUUAAGAUUCAAAGGAGAUUGUCUUCGCCUAGCAAUCAAUAACACGACGAAAGGUGUUCUAAAUCUUAUUGGAGAUUAUUCCAAGACUCGUUCCAUUUUCUUUUUCGACAUCGAUGAUGAAUUGACGGAAUCAUUCAUAAUUACCUUGUUUCGAAAGUGUAAAUUUUUGAAGGUAUUGGAUUUUGAAGAUGCUCCUCUUGAUAAGCUUCCUAAAGAAGUUGGGAAUUUGUUCAAUUUGAAGUACUUAAAUUUGAGAAUGACAAAUGUGAAGCUUAUUCCAAAAUCCAUUGGUAAUUUACAAAAUCUACAAACCUUGAAUGUCACAAAGUCUUUUGUACAAGACCUUCCAAUUGAGAUUAACAAGCUUCGAAAUCUGCGCCACCUUCUAGGUCGCACUAUAAUUAGUUAUGAAAUUGAUUACAGAUUUGAUUUAGAUAUUGGUGUGAAAAUACACAAAGGGAUUGGAUGUUUAGAGGAGUUACAAACACUUUCAUCCGUGAGAGUAUCUUCUAGCAGAGUUGAUUUAGUGAAAGAGCUGGAGAAAUUGAGAAAAUUGAAGAUUUUAGGCAUGAAGCAUGUGACUGCAGGAAUUGCUGAAACCCUUUGUGUAUCCCUUGAGAAAAUGAGCCAACUAGAAACCUUAUACUUACAGACCAUUAAUGAGGAUGAAAUUUUAGAUUUGAAAUCUCUUUCAUCUCCUCCACCUUUCCUACGUUAUCUUGCAUUGAUGUGUCAACUACAACAACUGCCUCAUUGGAUUUCAAAGCUUCAACACUUACAAGGAUUGGAAUUAUGGUCUUCAAGGUUAACCAAUGACCCUUUAAAACACCUCAAACAUUUGCCCAAUUUAGCUUUCUUGAAGAUGGUUGAGGCAUACAUUGGAGAUGGAUUGCAUUUUGAGGAAGGUGGUUUUAAAAGACUAAAGGAGCUUAUAUUGCAUAACAUGGAAGAUAUAAAUGUGAUGAAAAUUGAGACGGGUGCACUACCUUUGCUUGAGAAGUUAGCUUUUGGACCCUUUCCAUUAAUGAGAGAGAUGCCUUCAGAUAUUAAGCUCCUAACAAACCUGAAAUCUCUUGAAAUUAGGGACAUGUCAAGGGAAUUUGUGGUUGAUCUACAACCAAAUUGCCCUGGUUAUUGGAAAAUUGAUCAUGUUCCUUCUGUCAUCUUUUGGUAUAAAUUCAAGGGGAAUAUUUAUGAAACUUAUAAGUUGGGUAAAUCAAAUUUGUUGGAACGUCUUCAAGCUAGCUAA